AUAGUACUCCUCGGCAGCAUAUUUCCAACGCUAGCUAAUCCUACCGUUUAAUCAUCUUCGAUCUAUCGUCGCCCGAUCUAACAACUGAUAUAUACUAUAUGAGGUAAUUGAUCGAUCUUAUUAUUAAUGAUGGGGAGAUCAUCAGCAACAGCAUCAGCGUGGUGCGAUGAUGAUCAAGAUGAAAAGAGCAGCACAGAUACAAUGAUAAAGAAAGGGCCAUGGACACCAGAAGAGGAUCAAAAGCUUGUGGAAUACCUUGAAAGAUAUGGGCAUGGGAGUUGGAGAGCACUCCCCAAGCUGGCAGGUUUGAACAGGUGCGGUAAGAGUUGCAGGCUGCGCUGGACCAACUAUCUCCGGCCUGACAUCAAGAGGGGUAACUUCUCCCAGGAAGAAGAGCAAACCAUCCUCAACCUCCAUUCUCUUCUUGGCAACAAAUGGUCGGCGAUAGCUAGCAAUCUUCCUGGAAGGACGGAUAACGAAAUCAAGAACUUUUGGAAUACCCAUUUAAAAAAGAAGCUGCUCAAAAUGGGCAUCGACCCUGUCACCCACAAUCCUAUCUCAACCACUGGUACUAACAUUGAUCAUCAUCAGUAUCUCAUGAUCAUCAAUCAAAUUCUUUCCAGUUUGGCUCCGCAGUUGCUCGCUGCUUCUUCUUCUUCUUCUUGUUCAAGCACUAGUACAUGUAAUCCUCUGAUGCUGAAUAAUCCAUGGGAAUGGGACCGUAUUAACAACAUCAAUAAUAAUGUGAAUAUGAAUGCUCUCCUGGGGCUCCACUUGUCCGACGCCAAAACCGAAGUUUUGCAAACCAUACUUCAACAGCAACUCCUAAGCACUGGUAGUCCUCCAAAUAAUAGUAAUUAUGUGGAGGCCGCUCUUAAUUAUCUUUUAGGGUCAUCAUCAUAUUCAUAUAAUAAUUCAGUUCCUGAUGAUCAUCAUCAACAGAUCUGUGGUCAAUAUCAUUCUCAUCAUCAUCCCCAAAGUUUUAGCGUCAAUAUUGGUGCCCCAGUUCAUACUAAUACUCAAUUUUCCCACUUAAGUAUUCCAAACAUAAUACAUAAACCUCCUCAUCUUCUUGAGCACGAUCAGCAGCCACUGCCGGUAUACGUGGCAAGCAGCGCAGGCCCAGCCUCAAACUUGAUUUAUACGGCCGGCACGAUGAUCAACAAGACCGGCCAGCAGCUCGGUGGCCCAUCAUCAGGAUCAUAUUCAUAUGCAACUCCAACAGUAGCUUCAGAUCAUCAUCAACUACCUCUUUUGGUGCCCUCACCCGAGUGUUCUGCUGCCAAUAUUAAUCUAAUGACGGGAAAUAAGAUUGUUGAUACUAGGACUAAUAACCCUAAUACUAAUCAAGAUCAUGUAAUUUCUGACCCAAACUCACGCAGUACUUCAACUACUUCAACCACCUUUGAAGCUUGGGGGGAUCUUAUGGAUCAUCAUGAUGAACCAACUAAUCAUUCCUACUGGAAACACAUCAUCCUAGAUCCUUAAUUAGCAUCUUUGCAGACAUGGCCAAUCUCGUAGAAGAUCAGUUUCAUUUCAUGUCCCAGCUGGAUCGAUCCAUUUAAUUAUAUAGUAUACCAGAUCAAUAACUUUAGCAUGUUCAUCUACAUAUACGUACCGAUGGCUUUACAAUUAUGUAAAAACAAAAAAAAUGGGUAUACCCAUGGUAUCCUUCAUGUGUAAAUAGUUUUUUUAAAUUUAUUGAACCACAUAUAUAGUAUCAGCUUGAACUGAUCCGUUUUUUAAUAUGUAUACUUUUUUUGUUUCUUGAUCUGGCUAUAAAUCUA